UCUCGCCUAUUCUCAUCAUCAAUAGAACCAAAUUUUACCAGUUUGGCGACAUGUAGGUUAAAAAAUAAUGACAUCAUCCCAGAAUUUGAUAACACACAAAUUUUCUCGAAGCGUGUCACAACAGUCACUGCACUCCAAGUCGAGUACCAGCUCGAUGGUAGUCAAGUCUGGGAAGGGUCGCCUCAAAAACUACAGCCAAGAGUCGUUUGCUUCGCGAUGUCAGCGGAAUAAGGUCAACAAAAGCAUCGGGCUAAGCAGUGCGACUAGUAAAACGAUGUCAGAGUUUGAAUCAAAGCUCGCGGCGACAACGACGGUCACCAUUUCGACAAAGAUAAAACGUUCAGCGGAAUUUCCCCUCAUUGGAAAAACUGGGUAUCGCGUUUCACUAAAUGUCGAGACGAUCGGAUUCUUAAUUUCUCCCUCAGAAAAAGGAUGUUGCGGUGGAACACCGGACCGGAACGAGAACGACCCUCUAAACUAUUACUUGGUCAGUCUCUCUGGCGAGGAGCUCAUCAACAUUCGCGGCCUGGAUGACACCACCAAAGAAAAUCACGUCGAAGUGACGACAAGCGCUCUGAAAAAAAAGUUGGGCAGUAUCGAGUACGGCUACCUGGGCGCAGACGGUGAGGCGUUAAGCAAAGCGACGACACUGGCAGGUAGAGGAAACUCUUACACGGUCCCCACCUCCGUGAUGAACGAGGCCGGUGCCAUGACCUACAUUUUCCGCCGGGAACAAGAUAACCCUGCCUACACGGAGAUCAUUACUGAGGACGGAGACGCCCUCACGGUGGGCGAGGUUAUCAUCAACUUUAAAAACACGGGGGGACGGCAUCGAUUCAGCACGGUGAGUCGAGGCAGAAUGAUGGAGGGAACGCCGGACAGCUUUUCGCUCAAUUUCAUCGAAGCUGUGGGCGAAAAGGAGAAAAUGCUACUCAUCGGGACGGCUGUCACACUGUUCAACCAGUGGCUGACACGUCAAACGCAGAAAAAAGUGUAUUGCGUUCUACAAUAA